GUAUUGUGACCAGCCGGGAAGCUAACACAAGCAUUGUUAGACUAGUAAGCAACGAGCCAAUCGUAACAGUUUUCUCGCUAUUAUGUUUAUUUGUAAAUAAUCAAAGGUCUAAAGGUGAUUCUCUCGUUUAAAGGUUGAAUUAGAAGAAAAAACUUGGAAGAGAAGUUCAAAGAGUUUCUCUCAAUCGUUUAUCAUUUUAUUCUUUUUCAUUCUAUUUUUAUAACCUUAGAAGUGGAUACAAGUAUUUCGUAUAUAAUAAUUUCAUAUAAUUCUAUUGAUAUAUGAUAUUGGAUAUAUAAUUGAAAAAAGUAUCUACGUACAUAUCUUUAGUUAUUACCAUUCAUAUUUGUCAGCGAUAUUCGUUUGCGAUUUGAAUUUAUUACCAUGGAAUUUCUGCAAAGUAUUGGAGUUGGCGUGAGAUCUGUAGAUGAUCCUUUUUUUGAUGAAACUUAUAAAUAUUGCAAGAUUUUUCAAAGGAAAGGAGUCAUAGCUGAAGACGAAGAAGAUUUAUGCCAUGAAAUUAUUGCAGAAUUUCCUUGUCCGAUUUCACAAUGUACAGCGUUAUUUAAAACUUUAAUAGAUUUUGAAAUGCAUUAUAAUUCCUGUCAUCGAUAUAUUUGCUUGGAGUGUAAAAGGACAAAACCUAAUCCUAGAUUGUUAGAAAUUCAUGUCCAGGAAACGCACGAUACGUUUUUCAAGCUUUUAUCAGAAAAACAACCAAUGUAUCAAUGCUACGUUUCUCGGUGUAACGUAAAGUUCCAUAAUCCGAACGAAAGACGGGACCACUGCAUCGAUGUACAUAAAUAUCCAAAAAAUUGUCGCUUCGACGAUACGUCGUAUCGCAAAGGAAAAGGAAACAACAGUAAUAAAAUGGAUAUCGAUGUCAUAGAUCGGAAAGAAGAAAGAAAAGAGAAAAUUCGAUUAAAUAAGAAUCAAAAAAUUAGAACAUUUGAUAGAACAUCCAAAAUGAGUAACAUAGAAAAGUCUAGCGCAACUUGUCCCACGAUUUCUACUAAUAUCAAUGAAAAUGCAUCUUUAAUGUUUGUGCCCAGACAAGUGGAAAAAUCUUAUGCGAAGAUGCUUAGCAGAAACCAAAGUAGAAAACGAGACGUACUUGAAGCAGAAUGUAUGUCGGAUAUAGCACAAUCUCUACCCGAUUAAGAGUUACGUUUUCUAUGCGUAAGGUAAUGCAAAUGUUUUUCAUGGUUUAUAUUCCGAAACAGAUCUAAUAAUCUCCUUUGUGUCAAUUAUGUAAAAGAUAUUGAGGCGAGAUUAUAAUGUAACAAGAUAGACGCGAAGUAAUGUUUUUAAAAAUAUUUUAUUAUAAAUAUAUAUUAAAUAUGUAUAAUAAAACAAUAUAUGUGUGCAUAUAUAUAUGUACGUAUAUGUAUAUGCGCGUAUAUAUAUAUACACACGCAUUAUACAUACACACACACACACACAUAUAUAGAUGUACACAGUGUAAUUUAAAGUAGAACAGCUACAUAAUACAAUAAUUAUUCCACUUUCA